AUGCGAAAUUACAAGUUCUGGCAAAAACGUGGAGUGCCGUGCCUGGAUGGGGCCCUACCGGGAUUCGGUCACAUGUUGUCGGUGAUCUCCAUGAAGACGUAUUUCUCCGAUUUCUGUUCCAAGAUCUAUAAUGAUCACAAGGGUCGUAGCAUGGUCGGCAUCUACGACUUCACGUCGCCGUCGUUGAUGAUCCUCGAGCCGGAGCUGGUGAAAACGGUGCUGCAAACUAAUUAUUCGAAUUUCUCCGAGAACACCUUCGAAAUCGAUCCCAAAGUGGACCCGCUCGUGUCACAUAAUCCUUUCUUCCUUGCCGGUGAGAAAUGGUUAGCCAACAGAAAGCGCUUGACUUACGCGUUUUCUAGCAUGCGUUUGAAGCUCCUGCUCAAAAAUGUUAAAAAGGUGUGUGCGUCGUACGAGAAUUACAUAAACGAAAAGCUGAAGAACAAACAAACGGAGUUUGAGCUGAAGACCUUGUUCGCCAGGUACGCCGCGCAGGUAGUUGCCGCUGCUGGUUUCGGCGUGGAUGGAUAUUGCUUUGAUGACGAUAAAAAGGAUAUAUCUUUUCGAAGACUCGGAAAAGCCGUUUUCGAACCGACGAAACGACAUAAAAUUGUGAUGGCUUUAACGUUUUUCAUUCCGUCGCUAAACAAAAUUUUCAAAGUAAGCUUCAUCCCGAAGCAUGUCGACCAUUUCUUCAGGAACCUAGUUGCGGAUCUCAUGGAGCAAAGGAGGAAGGACGGAAUACCUACGAAUGAUUUUCUCUAUUUUAUGACUGAACUGGAGCGAGCGGAGGGCACUAAAUUCGACACCGAAUAUCUCACGGGGCAGGCGAUGUCGUUCGUUCUGGACGGCUAUGAGACCUCCAGCAGUAUUAUGAGCUACGCCGGAUUCUAUUUGGCCAAAAAUCCAGAAAUACAGGAGAAAUUGCGCGAGGAGGUGAUAUCCGUACUCAACAAAUAUGACGGUGAACUGACUUACGAAAAUUUGAGAGAAAUGACGUUUAUGGACCAGGUAUUCAAUGAGACAAUGAGAUUGAUACCCGCACAAGUAGUCAUGAAGAAACGAUGCACGGAAGAGAUCGAACUGAAAGGAUCCGAUGGAAUUAAUUGUCGCGUGCAACCCGGAAUGAAAAUCCUGAUACCGGUUCAAGCUCUGCACAAAGAU